CGAUCAAUAAGCCUGCAAGUCUUGAAAUCUCUCUUGGAUUCGAUUAAAAAUCUUUCAUUUUUUGGUUGUAGGUUUGCGUUUGAAAAAUGGCCGAGCAAGGUUUCAUGGAUAAGGCCAAGAACUUUGUCACAGAUAAGAUAUCAAAUGUGGCGAAACCAGAAGCAGAAGUCACAGAUGUUGAUUUCAAGAAGAUGGGCUUGAGCCAUGUGGAGUACCUUUCCAAGGUUUCCGUGACCAAUCCCUACAGCCAUUCCAUCCCCAUCUGUGAUAUCAAAUACACCCUCAAAAGCGUUAACAGGGAGAUUGCAUCGGGGACUAUACCGGACCCUGGAUCACUAAAGGCAAGUGACAUAACUGUGCUGGAGGUGCUAUUGAAGGUGCCACAUAGCAUAUUGGUGACAUUGGCAAAGGAUCUGGGUGCAGAUUGGGACUUUGACUAUGAGUUGGACAUAGGCCUCACCAUUGACCUUCCUGUCAUCGGCAACUUCACCAUACCACUCAACAAGAAGGGAGAGGUCAAGCUUCCCACCCUCUUCUAAUCACCAUGUCUUUUCAGAUGCAGUAACUUUUGCUAUUUUGUAUUUUGUAUUCUGUUGUUUGUUGAUAUAUGUAUGACUUCAUUAUGGAAUGGAUGAGGAAUUAGGGUGGUGCUAAUGAUGUUUUGAUAUUUAAUUAUGUUUACCAUAUUAACGGUGGGAAUAAAGUUGAAAGUAAAUUCUA